CUGCCAAAGUUCUUGUAGCCAGUGACUUGCUCCAGUGCUACAGAAUUACAGGUGCUGGGAGCAACAGAGACACUUGGAAAGGUGUUGUCUUAAAAUAUCAUUAUCUAGAACGGGUCUGGCAAAGCACACACUCAACCUGAAUAUAGGCAAAGGAUUAUAACCACCCCCCAGGAUUCGGUUCUGCAGCGUCAUCAUCGUCCGUGGCUCGGGGGUACGGAUUAUCACUCCCCGGUAUCUAUACCAAUGUUUGACGUUCGAUUUUUCCUCGGAUGCUAGUUUGCUGCUGCAGCGAGUGUGAGAUGAUAAUGCGAAAAUAUCGAUUCGUAAUGGUGUCAUUCGUGCGAUUCGGGUCGUUCUCGUGCUAAAUGAACGCGAACCUCCCUACGUUGUUCAGAGUUCCGCUCAAGACGAAGGGAGCGAGAAGAGUUGCAUAAAUUAUAUAACUUUUUGGUGAAAAACCGGCGAAACGGCAUUUUGGAAAGCGUGGUGGUGUCAUGGAUUACUGGGAUUGCUAUUCUGAAUGUGAACGCUUGGUGAAAGAAAUUCACAUCACAGCCAGCUGCGUUCGUUCAGGGAGCGUGCAUUUCUCGCGUUUUGCUGAGUGCUCGCGCAAGUGGAAGAUAAUUGCUUCUAAGUGAGUUGUAAAUUGAACAAAAGCGUUCCAGAAAGUCGUCUCAAUUGAGGAGAUAUGCGUUGACAAGGGACGGGGAGCUCCUUGACUGUCACCGGAAAAAUUCCAUUAGUGAUCCACUUAAGACAAGCGUGAAAACCAAAUAACAUCGGCCAAUGGUUCGAUUCAAGGUUCCUGUGUGUCGCGAGUCUCACCGCGGGAGUGAGAGUGAUUGAUGGAUCGAUGACCCUCCGCCUUCGAUUCCGGUGCGGACGCCAGUAGUGCCCGAUCAUUGGCUGGUUGAUGGUUAGUUAAUCGAGAGCGCCAAAGUGAAUUGGCGGUUCGGGAGGCGGAAAAUUAAAGCGCAGCACGUGUUGUUGUUGUCGUCUAGGCCGGAAUAGACGCCGUUGACGACGGCGGCGUGGUGCAAGGAGAGUGCUGCAGCUGAGGGAAGAUUAAUGAUUUUGAUCUCCGUUGUUGUCAUCGCGCGGUGCUACUCUAUAGGAAGUGCGUGAAGACGUGCGACGAAGGAAUUCGUGCUCGAGAGGAAAAAUCUGUGUAGUGGCAAGAGUUCACGGUAAUAAUGAUGAUGUCGGUUGCUGGAGUUGUUUGCUAGUGGCCGUAGAUUACGCGUGGAGUCAGGAAUACUGCUGGAAGGGGAACGGACGCGCAUAGCAAAGUAGAGCAGGAAAUAGGAAAAUAAUACGAUUAUAAAUAAAUGCCGUCAGCAGCUGUUUGCGGCAAGUGGAAACCGUGAAUGCACGCACGACAUAAAGAAAAGCUAACAGAUGUUAUUGUUGAUGUUAUUUGGUGAUGCUUUGGUUAUUGUUGUUGGGAUGUUCCUUUGGUGCGUGAACCACAACGAACAGCUCUGAAGGAGAUUUUGUGAAGAAAAGCGGUGCUGCAAAGGAGGAAACGGAGAGUGACGGAGGCAGCGGCUCGCAGUGGAAGCUUAAAAUAUUUGUCUCUGUGUACAACCGCACCAUGCUGUGAAAUCUGGCCUUCAUCGAGCCACAUCGUGGUGAAUAAACCGCAAACACUUCAAGCAUAAACCAACAAUCUCCGGUUAGUAGAGCAUCCGGAACAAUCAGACCCUCCGGUAGGUAGGGAAGAUGCUUCUUUCCCGUCUCCUGCCGCCGCAACGCUCGACAGCGGACAGAGGAACCCAAACGUGGACGGCAUGAUGCUACGGUGGCCCAAACUGGGGCUCACUCAGCCCUACUACAAAUAUCUUUGGCGCUGCUGGUUGCUGGUCGGUCUGAUACUGCUGCAGCGCAUCAGCUACGGUCGGAUGGAGGAAGUCCUUCAGCUACGGAGCAGUGGGCGUGGUUCUUCGGGCGGAGGCGACAGCGGGGCCCAACACUACCAGCAGCAGCGGCAACAGUUGGAAGAACAAGAACUCUUUUCGUCGGCGUCGUCAUCCUCGAACGAGAUUGAAUGUCCGAGUUUUGCCGAGAGCUCAGCCUGUCCGUGCUACAAAUUUGAGGAUGGACUUUUCCUCGAGUGCCCGAGCAUCACUGCGGUAGCUCUGCGCUCGACGCUGCAGCUCAUCUCGUCGCCAAUCCAAUCGUUGUCCGUGUACGAGUUUGACCGGUCGGUCAAAUCUCUUACCGCGGACCUGUUUGCGACGGCAUCGCACGCCUCGCCACAUACGUCGUCGUUCGCCGGUAACGGCGCAGGGAGUGGCAGCAGCGGCACCGGUAACGACGUCAACAUCCGGCAUCUUCAGUUCUCCCAUUCCAACCUCCAGCAACUGAAGGAGAACAGUUUGAAUAAUUUACGAGCGCACUUAGAGAGUUUAAGUAUUGUAAAUGGAAAAUUGACACAAGUGCCCACGAAAGCGCUCGCCGGCAUGAAGAAGCUAAUGGUGCUCGAUUUCGAACAGAAUGAAGUAGCCACCAUCGAGGAGUACGCCUUCUACGGGCUGCAUCUGGUCAAGCUAAACAUGAAAGGUAACCGUCUGGAGCGAAUUCCGGAAACCGGCCUCGUCGGGCUGGAGGAUUCCCUCGCCGAGCUGGACAUCUCCGAGAAUCGGCUGAAGCAGUUCCCUACGUCGGCGUUGAAGCGACUGGAAAACCUCCGUUCGGUACGUCUCUCGAUGAACGAGAUCAACUCGCUCGAGCAGGACGACAGCUACACGCGGUUCGGGUCGUUGGUGUUCCUCGAUCUGAGCCUGAACAACUUCGUCGAACUGUACAGCGACGUGUUUGGGGCGUUUCCGUACGUGAAGACGCUGUCGUUGUAUAACAACUUUAUCGAACUGGUGCACCGGGACAGCUUUGUGUCGCUGAAGGAGCUGCAGUCGCUGGACUUAAGCCACAACCGGAUCGUGUUCGUGGACGCGGAAGUCUUUGCGGCCAAUCGGAAGCUACAUACGGUGGACCUGAGCCACAAUCACAUACACUACGUUAGCGGAGUGUUCGCCAAUCUGCCUCUGUUGAGGGAGAUAUUUUUGAGUGAGAAUAAUAUCCUGGAACUGACGGAUGAUUGUUUUAGUAAUUCUAGUAGUAUUAAGGUUAUUUAUUUAGAGAAUAAUUCAAUUCAACGGCUCGACGCAGAGGCGCUGUCGAGCUUAUCUAACCUGGAGCAGCUGUAUCUGAGCGGUAACCACAUUCGGCGUGUUCCGAUGGGAUUCUUCGAAACGACAGCCAAGCUGCAGUCACUGAGCUUGGAUAAUAAUUUGAUCAGUGAGCUGGAUGUGCGGGUCUUUCGGCGGUUGCUCAAUCUGCGUGAGAUUCGCCUGAACGGCAAUCAGCUACGGUUGAUCCAGGAGCAGCUGUUCGGAGCAUUGGGUGCUUUAAUGGAGCUACAUCUGCAAAAUAAUGCUAUUAGGGUGAUUGAAAGGAACGCUUUCAAAAAUUGCCAGCUGCUUCAAUACAUCAAUUUGCAGAUGAAUGCGUUGGACGAGAUUGACAUAAUUUUCUCCUAUACCACGGAAACGUCGGCCAACCAUCUGCAACAGCCCUUGACGGCACGGGGGAAGAUAAUUACGACGAAAACCGGUAUAAGUGAUCCAUCAAUGUUUGGUGAAUCGGAUUCCGAAGCAUCAUCGGCGUUGAUCUCGAUUCAGCUUAAUUCCAACGCCAUCAAAUAUCUCCACGGCCACUCGUUUCAGGGUCAGAGCAGUGUACAAACCAUAUGGCUAGAAAACAACCUACUGAAGAGUUUGGAUAAGAUCCUGUUUACGGAUUUGGUUCAGUUGGAGAGGCUAUAUCUGAGGAACAACACUCUAUCCAGCAUAGAAUCCAAUGCGUUCAACUCGCUUCGAAGGCUGCGGUAUUUAGAUUUAAGUCACAAUAGACUAUCAAGUUUAAACGAGAAGCUCUUUAAAAACUUGGUGGAGCUAGACGAACUACUAUUAAGUGAGAAUCAGCUACAGAAAUUACCCUCUAAUGUUUUUGGGUCGCUACAGAAGCUACGUGUCCUAGAUCUUAGUCUGAAUCCUUUAGGGAUUUUGGAAACUAAUGUUUUCCACCAAAACUUUUCCGUCAGUAUAAUAAAUCUGAAAGGCUGUGAACUAACUCGCAUCGAAUCCGGAGCUUUCAAAGGUCUCCAAAACCUGAACGAGCUAAAUCUAGACAACAAUAACCUUAAAUCCGAAGACAUCAAACAAAUUGAUGCAAGUUCUCUGAGAACUCUACGAUUAGCGUCCAACAACUUUACAAUCGUUCGAGAAAACACGUUGGAGCGAUUACCCUCUCUGCAAGCACUCGUCCUCGUGAAUUGCUCCAUUCGAGAUCUUCCCUACUUACUAUUCAGUAAAAACAACAAUCUUGUAAAGCUGGAUCUGAGCCAUAACUACCUGAGAACGUUAAAGCGCAACCUCUUCAACAACUUGAACGUCUUCAAAGAGCUCCGCCUACAAAACAACCAAAUCAACGACUUCCCCCACAUUGCGCUAUCCAACGUUUCAACGCUGGAAAUCCUAACCCUAUCCCGCAACCAGUUGACCAACGUUGACUUCUUCAAACUCCACGGCCUCCCAAAUCUUCGUCAUCUGGAUCUCCAAGCCAACACCAUCUCUUCCCUAACUGGAUUCAACACGGCCACUCUCCCUCACCUGGAUAUGAUCGACCUCAGCGGGAAUCUACUGUUGGCUCUCCCGGAAAACUUCUUCAAACACUCGAUCAGUCUUCAACGCAUCGAUCUGUCCGGCAACCGCUUCAACCAAAUCCCGAACGCAGCCCUGUCGGAAGCCUCCCUCGCUCGUCUGGCAUGGUUGAACCUCACCGGAAAUCCACUGCAACGAAUACACCACACCAUGUCCUCGGAUGCCGACCAGCGCCGUUUCCCGUUCCUCAAAGAACUCCACAUCAGCCAAACGAACCUGACCAUCCUGACGAGCAAAGACUUCGACAUCUACCCAGCGCUGCAGCGGCUCUAUCUGGUCCAGAAUCGCAUCAACCGAGUCUCGCCGGGAGCCUUCGUCGCCCUGUCCAAUCUGCAGAUCCUCGAUCUGAGCGUCAACGAAAUCGAAAUGCUGCCCAAGGAGCGCCUCCAAGGUCUUCGGCUGCUGGAAAUUCUGAACAUUUCCAACAACAACAUCAAAGAGCUGGACGAGUUCACCGACGACCUGCAGAAGCUGAAAGUGCUGGACAUAUCGUCCAACCAGCUCGAGCGCAUCCAGAAGAACACCCUGCGCCACCUGGUGGCGUUGCAGGAGCUUUAUCUGAACGGGAACCGUAUCCGGAGCAUUUCGUCGGAUGCGUUCCGAUCGCUGCGAGUGCUGGGUACGUUGGACCUGAGGAAGAAUUUUUUCGAGGAUGUUCCACUGCGGGCGCUGAAGCCGCUGGAAACGCACCUGAAGCAGCUGCGAUUGGAAGAGAACCAUCUGAACUGCUCGUGCGACACGCAGGAACUGUGGGAGUGGCUGAGCGAUCACCGAAAAUGGACCAGCGAGAACGUGCGCUGCGAACAGCCGGCGGAGGUGCACGGGAAAAAUUUGCUGGCCAUGGAACCGCUGGAGUUUUGCGACGUUCCCAUGAUUAUGAAGAUUGCCAUCCAGGACAUUCAGCCGUACUCGGUGCUGGUGUCGUGGCAGAGCCGGGAGCACUCCGGUCUGCAUGGGUAUCACGUGAUAUUCCACUCGUUGGACACGGUGGAGGAUUUUCGCGGAAAAACCUUAAACCGACUUGCUAAUUCCGCUAAAUUGGAUCGACUGACAUCGAACACGCGCUAUUUGAUUUGCGUGCUGGGGCUGGGAAAUUGGCUCUCGUACCAGAACGACAUCCACAGUCUGCUGAACCAAUCGAACCAGAUUCAAAAUCAAGUUUUGAAUAACCAAAAUGGCUUCAUGACCGACGAGCUGGAUACAUCGUUUUCGAACACGCUCCUGUCGCUGAUGAUGGACACGCCGACGUCGAAAUGCACCGAAGUGCGAACGCUGGAUGCUAUUGGGCCGAAUCCGCUCGCCGAGGUGGACGGGAUGUCGAGCCAGGGAAUUAUUCAUUCAAUUUUAACCCGUCGACUGGGUUUGAUAGUGGGCUGCUGCCUGGGGAUAAUCGUGUUCAUUGUUCUGGUUUCGGUCUUGGGUUACCUGAAAAUCAAAAAGCAACGGCUGGAUGCGGCCAAGCGGCAGCAGCAACCGAUGGCACCGGAAUUCAUCUCGUACCGGCAUUUCUCCAUUCCGAACGACGAGCACGGUCGGGACGGAGUGGCCGCCGGCGGAGGUGGCACGAACAGUUUCCUGCAUAAUAAUCAUCACCAUCAACAUCAGCAUCAGCAGCCAGCCACGACGGUUGAUGGACAUCCGAGCUUUAUAUCCGGGGCCGUGCUGGGAACGACCACCACCCUCAACGGUGGAGGCGGAGUCGUCCCGGGCGCAGAGGAACGGAAGAAGAUUUAUAUCGACAGUUGAAAACAGUGAAAGGACCACCUACAAAACGUCAAGCUUUGUCAAUUAGGUUGUUGAUUCCGCCAUCUUGUUUUAUGUUUUUGUACACCGAUUUAUACACGCAUACACAAAUCGCUAGUCUACUAAAUCAGUAAAUAAAAGAACGGUUCUGCUUCCUUCUACGAAAAAAAAACACAAAUCUACUUAGCAAGACGACAUACGGUUCCAUUCGGAAGCCGGGGGACUGAACAACGAGCAAAAUGCAAACUUACGAAACAUACCAAUUUAAAUCAAAAGCGAAAAAACAAAAUCAAAGUAGAAGCAAGCAUUCAUAAAUAUUUAGCGGAGAAAUCAAAAGUGUUAAUGAGCUACAAACAAACCGAAUCGCGAGCGAACGAACGAGCAACAAAACGGUAUAAAUCAAAGUGCAGGCGUCGAAGCGUAUAUCAGCGCCAACAGAGGGAAGGUGUCAAAUUUAUGUAAAUAGCUUGUCGCGGGGAGGGGCGCCCUUUGGUUGUUCUCGGGCCCGUGCAGCGCCGCGCCGGUCGCAACGUGAUCGGUGGGUGGUGGGCGUGGGUGGAGGGGGAGGAAAAUCGGAAGAAGUCAUUCCCGCUCGCAAUGGGGGGAGCGUAUCGAAAUUUCCAAACUGGAAAAGCGCGAAGAAGAUGAAAAUGGCUCGCCAAAGUUUGAUGAUACAACAAGUGAGAACAAACAACUGGGCGCUCGCUGUACGGUACGUUGCGUCAGACUGGAUGGCGAGCACGAACGGUAGGUAAAUAAAUUUUAAAUUUUUUCGAGCGCAACAGCAGGCCAUGAAGUUGGAAGUGAAUUAAGUUCGGGGAUAUGCUUAGGGUUACCAGAGGCGGUUGGGAAUAUUGCGUAUUUUUGAAUGUUUAUUUCUUGGUUGACUUACUUCACGAUGAAAAUAGAUUUCAAGAAGAAAAUCAGAUUAUCAAUAUAAUUUGUUUUCCAAUCAUAUGUUCGUUGUAAAACCUGUAACAAGGACAAAUUUAAGCAAGAUCUGAAUAUGAAACAAUUUUUCUGGGUUUUUCAAACCCCCUCCCCUCAUGUAAGAUUUUACCCAUACGAAUCAUUUUUUUAUAUGAAGCGUAAGCAAAAGGAAGACCCCCCCCCUUGCCCAUAUGUGCUAACGUAAUUAAUGUACGACCCCUAUGAGCUUUCAUACGACAUUGGAAUGAAUCUCUAGACGAUUUGGAUUUGGAUGCAUCUUUAGACUAGAUUCGAAUGAAUCUCUGGACGACAUUCGAACGAUUUAUUGAAUGAGAUUUGGAUGAAUCUCUGGAUGAGAUUCGGGUAAAUCUUUA